AUGCACCUCCUCUCUCCCCUGAGCCUCAACCUCAGCCUCAGCUUCAGCCUCCUCACAACCACAGCCACCUUCCUCCUCCACGCAACCGCCUCACCAACAUCGCACACCCACGCCCACGCUCACGGGCACACCCACACCCACACCAACAACCACCGCGCCCUCUCCCUCCUCCCCACCCUCCUCAACCUCAACCUCAACGCCCUCGACCUCACCAAACUCUCGAACAUCGAUCUCACCGACCCCAACAACAGCGAAACCCUAAACACGCUGAACGAGGUCCUGGACCAGCUGCCGCUGGCCAUCGAGUUCUGGGCCCUGAACCGCACCGCCGGGGUCGUGGGCCUGAGUCUCGAUAUGGGGCUGGCGGAGUUAGCGGACGUUGGGCUGGUGAGUUUGGGGAGUCAGGGGGCGGGGGCGCGAGGUAGGAAGGCUAAGGUGCAUGUCAAUGUUACGAUUACUGGACUGGUGGAGAAGGAUUAA